AUGACAACGGGAAAAUAUCGAUUUGCAAUUGAUCGAGGCGGAACGUUUACUGAUAUCUAUGCCGAAUGCCCCGCAGGUAAAAUUACUACUAUGAAAUUACUCUCAGUUGAUUCUGCAUACAAAGAUGCUCCUACCGAAGGUAUCAGGAGAAUAUUGCAACAGCAUGAAGGCUAUGAUAUCGAUCCAGGUCAACCAAUCAAUACACAGAAGAUUGAGUGGAUUCGAAUGGGAACAACGGUGGCUACCAAUGCCUUGUUGGAAAGGAAGGGCAAAAGAAUGGCUUUAGUUAUUAAUCGUGGAUUUCGUCAUCUGUUACACAUUGGUAGUCAAGCUAGACCUCAAAUUUUUGACUUGAAAAUUGAAUGCCCUACUAACCUUUAUGAAGAUAUCGUUGAAGUGGAUGAAAGAGUUGUACUAGAUAGGCAGGAUUGCUGUCUGGAGUGGUUGAAAAAUAAACCUACUGUUGUAGGUAAAACCAAUGAAAAGCUUAAAAUAGUCAAAGCCAUUAAUGAAGAAGAGCUUAAAAGUGAUUUACAGAAAGUACUAGAUAAAGGAAUUUCUAGCCUAGCUGUUGUCCUCUUACAUUCUUACACCUUCGAUGAACAUGAGCGAAGAAUUGGUAAAAUUGCUCAACAAAUGGGAUUUGAACAUGUUUCGCUUUCGUCUGAAGUUAUGCCAAUGUUACGAGCUGUACCAAGAGGAUACACUGCUUGUGUGGAUGCUUAUUUGACACCCUGCAUCGACGAAUAUAUUCGAAAUUUCACUUCUGGAUUUGAUGAAGGGUUAAAAAACGUAAGAGUACUCUUUAUGCAAUCUGAUGGUGGUCUAACACCGGUCGACAAGUUUAUUGGCUCGAGAGCUAUUGUAUCUGGACCUGCUGGAGGAGUGGUUGGGUAUGCGGUGACAUCAUAUGAUAGUGAAACAGAAGUACCAGUAAUUGGCUUCGAUAUGGGAGGUACAUCCACUGACGUAUCAAGAUAUGCUGGAAUAACUGAGCAUGUUUUUGAAACGACCAUUGCAGGAGUUACUAUACAAGCACCGCAACUAGAUAUAAACACUGUUGCUGCUGGAGGAGGAUCGAAACUAUUUCUGAUUUCUGGGGUUCUUACUGUUGGUCCAGAAUCUGCCGGAGCUAAUCCUGGUCCGGCUUGUUACGGUAGAGGUGGACCAGCAGCUAUUACAGACGCUAAUUUAUGCUUAGGAAGACUAUUGCCAGAAUAUUUUCCUAAAAUUUUUGGUAAAAAUAAUGAUGCCCCAUUAGAUAAAGGCGCCGCCAGACAGGCAUUACAAUUACUUACCGAUAGUGUAAACGAAUUCCUUGCUGGAGAAGGUGAUCGUGUGAAUAAAAGUAACCUAUCUUUGGAAGAAGUUGCAAUGGGAUUUAUACGAGUCGCAAAUGAAACAAUGUGCAGACCUAUUCGAUCAAUAACACAGGGAAAGGGUUAUGAUACAUCUCAACAUAUAUUAGCAUGUUUUGGAGGAGCAGGGGGCCAACACGCAUGUGCUAUUGCUCGUUCAUUGGGAAUGUCCAAAGUUGUUAUACAUAGAUAUUCUGGAAUACUUUCGGCGUAUGGCAUGGCUCUUGCCGAUGUUGUGCACGAACAACAAGAACCAUGUGCCGCUACAUAUAAGCAAAGUGACUUUCAACAAUUAGAUGAACGAAUCGAUUAUUUACGUGGUAAAUGUAUUAAAGAGUUAAUGGUGCAGGGAUUUCAUAAAUCUCAGAUUAAGACCGAGGCAUUUCUUAAUAUGCUUUAUGAGGGUACUGAUUGCGCCCUUAUGUGUCAGUCCUCACCUGAUGAUACGAAAAUAGCCACGGAUGAAUGUUGCAGGAAUGGAGAUUUUCGUAAAAUUUUUACUACUAGGUAUAAAAGAGAGUUUGGUUUUAUGAUACCCGAUCGUACUAUCCAAGUGUGUGAUAUUAGAGUUCGAGGAGUUGGGAUGUCCGGUAUUACUCAAUCGUAUGAUUUACCGAUGGCUCAUGGAGCCCCACCGCUUGAACGGACUACGAAAUGCUAUUUUGAAGACGGUUAUCAUGAGACGAAAGUCUACCUACUAGAAUCUUUAAAAAUUAACGAUACAGUUGUUGGUCCAGCAAUCAUAAUUGAUAAAAACAGUACGAUCCUUGUAGAGCCUGCAUGCAAAGCUGUAAUAAAUAAACUUGGAGAUAUCAUUAUUCAUAUUGCAAAGCGUUCAAUAGCAACUAUCGGAAAUAAUCUUGAUGUCGUUCAGCUUUCUAUUUUCUCUCAUCGAUUUAUGAGUAUCGCAGAGCAGAUGGGAAGAAUUUUACAAAGAACUUCUAUUUCAACUAACAUAAAGGAACGUUUGGAUUUCUCAUGUGCUCUUUUUGGACCAGAUGGUGGUCUUGUUGCUAACGCUCCCCAUAUUCCUGUGCAUUUGGGGGCAAUGCAAGAGGCAGUCAAGUGUCAGAUUGAAAAAUUAAAUAUAGAAUUAAAUGAUGGAGACGUAAUUCUUGCUAAUCAUCCCCAGGCUGGUGGCAGCCAUUUGCCAGAUCUAACAGUUAUAACACCUGUAUUUUAUACUGGUAAUUCUAAGCCAGUAUUUUUCGUGGCCAAUCGUGGCCACCAUUCAGACAUCGGGGGCAUCACUCCAGGAUCGAUGCCGGCAAGGUCUACGACUUUAGAACAGGAGGGUGCAAUCUUUAAGUCUUUUAAGCUUGUAAAGAAUGGAAUAUUUCAAGAAAAAGAAGUUACAGAGAUGCUUAUGCGCCCUGGACAAAUUCCUGGAAACAGCGGAACUCGUAAUCUUCACGAUAAUUUGGCUGAUUUACGUGCACAGGUCGCUGCAAAUCAAAAGGGCAUUACGCUUGUAACAGGCUUGAUUAAAGAAUAUAGUCUGGAGGUUGUUCAAGCCUAUAUGACUCAUAUUCAGGAAAAUGCAGAAGUUGCUGUGCGAGAUAUGUUACGAGAAGUUGCGAAACGUAAUAAGACAAAAGAAGGAAUAGCAACGCUAUCUGCGGUAGACUAUAUGGAUGACGGUACACAGAUUCAGUUAGAAGUCACAAUAAACGAGGAAGAGGCUAGUGCUGUUUUUGAUUUUACUGGUACGGGGCUUGAAGUUGCAGGAAAUUGUAACACUCCACCAGCAGUAACGUUGUCAGCUCUCAUUUAUUGUUUACGAUGCAUGAUAAAUCACGAUAUACCCCUUAAUCAGGGCUGUCUAAAUCCCAUCAAGACGAUUAUUCCCAAAGGCACAAUACUAUAUCCAACUGAAAAUGCUGCUGUAGUUGGCGGCAACGUCCUUACCUCACAACGUAUUGUUGACGUUGUAUUCAAAGCAUUUUCUGCGUGCGCUGCUUCACAGGGAUGUAUGAAUAAUAUCACUUUCGGCGACAGAAGUAUUGCUUACUAUGAAACUGUUGCUGGAGGAGCUGGAGCGGGGCCAACUUGGAAUGGGCGCAGCGGUAUUCAUACACAUAUGACGAAUACUAGGAUCACCGAUGCAGAAAUCUUAGAAAAAAGAUAUCCUAUCAUUUUAAAAAGUUUUACAAUUAUGCCUAAUACUGGUGGAAGAGGACAAUGGUGUGGUGGUGACGGAGUGAUAAGAGAAUUGAUGUUUAGAAAGUCAUUAACACUUUCUGUUUUAACUGAGCGCCGGGUCUUUGAGCCGUAUGGAUUGUUGGGAGGAGAACCUGGCAAAAAGGGACAGAAUAUUUUAAUAUAUAAAAACGGACGACAAGCCAAUUUAGGUUCCAAAAUUUCAAUCGAUGUUGAGGAUGGUGAUAUUUUUCGACUAAUAUCGCCUGGUGGCGGUGGCUAUGGGGCAUAUAAUCCGGUAUCAGAUUAA